AAAAUAACAAAUUAUAGUGUUUAGGAAUUAAUUACCAUGGCAAUGUUGUUAAACACGCUAUUAUGUUUAUCAAUUUUUGCACAGCAUUAUUAUUAUAAAUUACCUAAUAAUAUAUUCGACGGUCAACCAAUAAUACCGAUUACGAAAAUAUCACAAUGCAUUAUCGGUUGACCGUCCUGUGGAUAUUCAUAAUAUGGGUAUUUGUAGGUAUAACGGAAUCACGACCACAAAAUGAACCACAUUUGGAUCGGGGAUCGUGGAAACCGUUUAUACCUUCAAUCCCAGAACGAAUACAUCCACAGCCAUCAGUUGAUCAACAUAAUAGCAGAGUUCGAAUUGAAAAUGAACAAGAAAAAAACGAAAUAUCACAUCGACAAGCACGAAUAGAUAAACCAACAAUCGAACACACAACCAUUCGUCAAAAUAAGGCUGCAAGUCCAGCCAUCAGAGAUUCCAUAAAAGCCGUAACGAAUCAAUUACUAGAUCCAAGCAAUGUGACAUUAGAUACAAGAACACCACCAAAAAUUAAAGCACAUCAUAAACCAAGUGUUGAAAAAAUUAAACCAGUAGAUGUUGUUGAAAACUCACAUGCUGGAAUUGCUGUGCCAGUUAACGAGGAUGAAAUUAAAGAAUUGGAGGAACAAACUAAGAAAAUAGCAAUACUACGUAACCAGAAUAAAAUCCAAUCGACAACUGAUAGUGGUUUAUCAACAUGGAUUUUACUUAGCGGUCAACCAUCGACUACUAUGAAAAGUGUUACGAAAUCGGAGCCGAACAAAGAAAUUAAAACGGACAAGUAUCGUAUUAAUAAUAAAAUGCGUACUACAACAAGAAAACCAAUAGCAACGACCACGGAAUCAUCUGUUGAAGUUACAGAAGUUAUUUCUAUCGCUAAUAAUACAAAAAUUGUGAACAAGGUUAAAGCCUCAAUACUUGCAAAUAGUAUGAAAGAAAAACAUACAGCUACGGGAACUACGACCGUUAAACCACAAACAACGACAACGUUGAAAAAUAUCAAAGCUAGUUCAAAGAAAAACUCUACAAACGUAAGUGAUACCAGUAAUGAGGAAUCAAAAAUUGAAGAAAAUAAGAUAAAUUCAUCGGUUUUACCAAUUGAGGCAAAAGAUGGUGAUUUAGAUUUAACAACUGAACCGACAAAUAAAAAAUCAGGAUCUACGAAAAAACCUCCACGAUCAACGACCACAACAUCGAAACGUAAGAAGAAUAAGAACAGACGAAAACGUCCAAGUAGUAAUAAAACAGUAAAUGGUACAAAAACGGCUAUUAAACCGCAAACUAAAGAAAAACCAAUAUCAACACAAGUUUAUAACUAUUUAUCACGUGAAGUUUUACCAACUGUUGGAGUUGGUUUAGUCGGUUUAAUGGUUACGGCAGGUUUAGCCAGUUAUUUCUUAUAUCCAUUUGGUGUAGCGGCACGUAGAGCAUAUAACAUCGCUGAUAGGAAAGAUGAUAAAUAUUAUUAUAAUAAUGGAGAUUAUGGGUAUGGAGGACAGCCUGAAGAAGAUGUUAUAAAUAAGGUGGUUGCUGGUAUGCCAGCUUCUAGUUCUGGUCUAGAAGAAUAUAUUUAUGCAAAACCAACAAACGAAAAUCGUUAUAAAUCACCAUAUCAAGAAACACCAGAAACACAACAAAAUGUACGAUAUCGUCAGUCGAACAGUCCAAGUUAUCCAACCUAUUCAGCUAGUUAUUCCCAAGAUAAAGUAUCAUACAAUCAAAUAAACAAAUAUGGUGGACAAAACGAGAAUACGUUUAAUUAUAACACAGAUUAUUCUACACCAAAAUAUGGAGCCGAUAUCAUUGCUGAGCAUCAAAAAGAAUCAGGUUAUACAGUUUCGGGAAUUCCAGCAGGUAGUGAUAUGAAUGCACAAAAGUUUGUUGUUGGAAACAUUCCAAAAGAUAUAAUUGUUACGCCAGCUGCAGUACCAGAACAUGGUCCACGUAGUUUAAAACUUAGACGUCGUCGGCGAAGGAAUACUUUGGAAAAACAUUCGAAAAGUAUUGAAAAUAAUGAAAUUUUAGAUGAUAUACCAUCAAAUAAUGUACAUUUAAGUGGUGGUUUUCUUUCGAAUAAUUUUAAUUUACCAUCAGAAAUUCAAAAUAACACUUUCGAUCCAACAGCCAAUAAAGAUACAGAACCAAAGAAUAAUGUAACGAAAUUAUCACUUGUACCACAAAAACCAUCGUUAUCACAAAUAUCAGAAGUACCAUCACAAAUCGCACAGGUACCAUCACAAAUCGCUGAUUUACCAUCGAAUUUGCCCAUUGAUUCAGGAUUAUCAAUAUUUUCAUUUUUCAAAAGUUUACUUGAAUUUAAAAUGCGUUUAGGUCUAUCAAUAAUGCAACACAUGACUGAAGCACUUGGACGAUAUAUUCAUUCAACUUUACCUCCAAAAAAACCACAAUAUGAUGAUGUUGAUAAUGAUCGAACGCCGGCAGAAAAUUUAACACAACAUCAGAAUAAUAAAAAUGGAACUGUUAUUAAAAGGGAGGGACAUUUUUACAACUAGUUUUACAAGUUUUAUAACCUGUAAUUAGUAAAACCUGCGUAAUGAAAUUUUAUUCAAAAUUAUUUAAGAAAAAAAUUCACAAACAAAAAUUAGAUUGCAAAACAGUGGAUUUUUUUUAAUGGAAA